UUCGAUUGAAAUGAUGAUGUUAUAUUUUCUUCCAUCAACGAUGAUGAUAAUGAUGAUGAUUAUCGUUAAAAUUGAUUCAAUCAAUCUACCAAAUGUACGUCGAAUUGGUUCACAAAUCAUUCAGGUAUAUGAUCCGGAUUUAGAUCGUAAUACAGAAGAAUUGAUUGAAUCAAGAGGAUUCUUGGCUGAAUCCUUUAAUAUUACAACCGAUGAUGGUUAUAUUAUUCGAUUGAAUCGUAUUAUUGAUCCAUCCAAUUAUCAUCUUGGUGGUGGUGGUGAUGGUAAAAAUCAAACCAAACUUAAACCAAUCAUACUUGGACAUGGUUUGUUUUUAUCCGCAGAUUCAUUUUUGAUAAAUUCACCAAGAUUGAACACGAAUAAUUCAUUAUAUGGUAAUAAUUUAGGUUUUUCAUUAGUAUUAACCCAUCGUUAUGAUGUAUGGCUGAUAAAUUAUCGUGGUUGUGAAUAUAGUCAACAACAUCAAUAUAUUUCAGCAACUGAUUCCGAAUUUUGGCAAUUUUCAUUUGAUCAUAUGGCUAGAUAUGAUUUACCGGCUGCAAUUCAAUUUGUUCGUAAUCGAACCAACUAUUUUGAUCCAAUUGGUUAUAUUGGUUAUUCACAAGGAUCAACCAUAGGUUUUGCAUUAUUAUCCGAGCAACCUGAAUAUGCUAAAAUAAUUCAACCAUUCAUUGCAUUAGCACCGGUUAUUUACCUGGAAAAUUCUCGCUCAUUUUAUCGUUAUCUUGCACGUUUUAUACCCAUAUUACGUUAUCGUAGUCAAAAAUUUUUAUUAUCAACACGUUUUAUGAAUAAUUUAAUUAUUGGUAGUACAUGUCAUUGGUUAACACCAUUAUGUUCAUUCGGUUUGGCAAUUCGAUUUGGUUUUGUUGACCAAAAAAAUCUAAAUAAAAGUCGUGCAGAAUUAUAUGCCCGAUGGUAUGGUACAUCUGAUUGGAAUAUUGUACAUUGGGGACAAAAUUAUCUGGAAAAUCGUUUUGCUCGUUUUGAUUAUGGUCAACCGGAAUUGAAUCAAAAAUAUUAUAAUUCCGUUAAGAAUCCUGAUUAUAAUUUAAAACAAAUAUCACCACAGGCUAAAAUUAUACUAAUACAAUCUAGAAAUGAUGAUCUUUCAACCAUUUCGGAUGUUGAACGAUUAAAAUAUGAAUUAUCAGAUACUAUUGAUAAAAUUGAACAUAAAAUCAUUGAUGAUCCAAAAUUUACACAUUUAGAUUUUAUGUAUGGUAUGAAUGCUGGUCAACAAUAUAUUGAUUACCUUAUCGAAAUGCUCAACAAUGAUGAUUUUUCCUAAUUUUUGUUUUCCGGAUUUCUAUUUCGAUCCAUCUAUCUAU